AUGGGGCCCCCGGGCAAUAGGGGAUCAUGGGGCCCCUGUGUCCUUGCCCAAAUUCAAAAAAGCCUAUGAAAAAGGUACCAGGGGCAUCUCAUGGGGCCCCCUACUGACCCCGGGCCCUCCCAUAGCAAACUGCAGCAGUGGAGGAGCGCACUGCCAAAUGGGCAGACUGUAAUGGGAGCAGGGGCGGAUUGACAACUCAUGGGGCCCCCGGGCAAUAGGGGAUCAUGGGGCCCCUGUGUCCUUGCCCACACUCAAAGCACACCCAAAAAAGCCUAUAAAAGGUACCAGGGGCAUUUCAUGGGGCCCCCUACUGACCCCGGGCGCUCGGGCAGUGCCCUAGUGCUCGAAUGGUCAGUCCGCCCC